GGCCUCCCAGCCGCGCAUCCUCCUCUACAGCAGCACCCUGCGCUGGAUGCAGAACUUCUGGGCCACCUGGACCAGCGUCAGCCGGCCCAUCUGCCGCGGGAAGCUCUUCGGCAGCCUCAAGCCCAGCAAGAAGAAACUGGGCCAGCACUACCGCCAGCUCUCCUGCACCGCCCUCUUCCCCAGGCUGCAGAUCCACUACUGGGCCUCCUUUGCCCAGCAGCGUGGCAUCCAGCUGGAGUGUGGCCAGGGACACAUCUUCACCCGUGGCACCCAGCGGCUCAUUCCUCAGGCCGGAACGGUGAUGCGCCGCCUGAUCUCCGAGUGGAGCAUCGUGCAGAUGGUGAGCGACCUGGGCCUGGUGAACGUCCACCUGAUGGCCUCCCCCUGCGAGGAGGACGCGGACCACCGCCUGGACUCCCUGGUCAAGAAGACCCACCUGCUCAGCCUCUCCUCCCUCGCCUACCAGCGCCACAGCCUCCGCACGGCGGCCGAGGAGGUAGCCUUCCCAGGGGGGCACACACACAACACACACACACACACACACACAACACCCACCCCAUGCAUUGUCCGC